GCGACACUGCAGCUGUUUGGUUUGGAACCAUGACUGAAGAUGACGGAUUCAGUUGUCGUGGAGGGAUAUGUCAAAUUCAGAGAUGGAAAAAAGUGGAAGGAUAGGUGGGUCGUACUCCGCAAGCCAUCGCCUGUAGCAGACUGCUUGGUACUUCUGGUCUACAAAGACAAGUCGGAUAAAGCCCAGGGCCACCGGGAGAGGGUCAGCGUCACCUUGGAGGACAUCUGUGGUCUGGAGACAGGUCUCUCCUAUGAGGGGGUGGGCUACACGCUGGCCAUCCUCUGCCUGGGCCAGGUUGUCGUGCUGGGCUUCGACGGCAAGGAGGCUCUGCUGGCCUGGGACAUCCGCGUCCGCUACAGUCUGGGAGAAGUCCACAGGUUUAGCGUUGGUAUCUUACCAGGCACCAUGUUGGAGAGCGGGCCUGCGACCCUUCACUUGUGUAACAACCUACUGGUCCUGGUCAGGGACAUUUUCCCCGUUAUCAUCGGCCAGUGGAACCUCCUGGACCUGCGCAGAUAUGGGCCUGUACCAAACGGCUUCGUCUUUGAGGGGGGAACGCGCUGCGGCUACUGGGCUGGAGUCUUCUUCCUAUCGUCCAUGGAGGGAGAGCAGAUCAGCUUUCUGUUCGACUGCAUCGUCAGAGGCAUCUCCCCUAGCAGAGGCCCUUUUGGACUGCGGCCAGUCCUGCCAGACCCCAACGCUGUCGCUAGCCAGGCCUACUCUGAGGAGAGGGUGAACCAUGAGGCCCAGGAGCUGGAGAAACGCCUCAGUAUGCUGUCUCACCAGAGCAGCACAGCCUCCUCCACGUAUGGUCGGUCUGUGGUGGUAGACGACCGCAGCAUUACAGGCUCCUCUGACACCUCCGACACCAGCCAAUCAGACUCCAGCAUCGGCAGCCAGCUGGCCGUUUGGACUGAGUCCGUCACAAAAAGCUCCGCCCCCACAGAGACCAUCAUUGUCCAGUUACAGGCCAAGGAGAAACUGUCCGCCAGCCAGGUGGGUGGAGCCCGUGCAGUAGCCAAGAACCCUCGGUCCCGGCAGCUGCAGGAGAUUGGUCGCCAGAGCUCGUCCGACAGCGGUAUUGCCACAGGAAGCCACUCCUCCUACUCUGGGAGUUUCUCCUCCUACGCGGGUAGCCUGGACAUUGACCCUGGGGGGGGGGACUUUGGCUCCCUGCUCAGCCUGCCCCCUCACCUGUCUCUAGACCUGGCACCCUGUACAUGCCCCCCUGCGCCAGGACAUGAGUACCAGGUACCCACCUCACUCAGGUACCUCUAUGACACCCCCCGGACUCUACUGCAGGGGGGAACAGGAGGGGCCAGGGAGCAGGAGACCUCCACAACACCUAAGGACCAGGCAGCCAGUUCACCCCAAUCACCCCCAUCAUGUGAGUCAACACAGGGGGAGAAAGAUGCUUCUCCUGGGGGUCGCUCGGACACUGUUGCCAGGCGCUCCACCACAGAGCUCCUGCAGAGCCACUCUGAGGAGAGUAAGAGCAGGGUGGCGCCCCCUAGUGACAGUCAACACCCAGAGUCCUGUCAGGUCUGCAGUAGUUCCCAACUCACUUCCUCCAAAACCCUCCUCACUAUCUGCCCCACCUGUGGAGGAUUCAAGGGGAACCCGCUCUCCUACACAGCGGGCUCGGCAAUGCCAGCCAUACCAGACAAGAAGCUGAAGAGUAAGGAGGAGAGGCGCAAAGUUGAGUAUGAGACCAUGGAUAGCCGGGCGUUGGAGAAGAAUUCAGAGCCAGAGGAGAAAAGCAAGUGUGAGCUGAUGGGCAGUUGUGGACAACAACGGUUCCUUCAUGAGACUGAAGGGGCCAAGUUUGUGUUUCCGCCGGACAUGGUGGCUCCAGAAAGACGCCGCGGUGAUGGUGUGACCUACGUCAAUAUUCCCAUCAGCCCCAUGUCUAAGAAACAGCUGAACUACAUGGAGUUGGAGCAUCAGGAGCAUGCUGGGGUCAGGGGGACCGGCCAACACCUUCCAGGACAGAGGAAAAGUUCCACUAAAUACGCUCAUAUCGACAUCACUGCUACGGAUGCCGCCCACAAAACGGGUACCCAGCAUGCCCUGGGGAGAGAGGAGGGUCUUCACACCCUGGAGCAGAGGAGGAGGGGAGUACCACAGUGACAUCCCACCUCCAAUCUUGACCUUGACAGGACCUCUGACUGGUCUAGACCAGACUGUUGUAUAAAUCUCUAGAAUUCACCAGAAACUUGGAUUUCCUGGGGUGCCUCCAGUUGCAAUAAUGUCAAACUCCCCGGAGAUCUGAUUGAUUUCUUUAACACCAAUUGUUGACAGCUUCCAUUGAAUUCUGUCCCAAUUACUGGACUCUUCCGGGGCAGGAAAACCCAAAGAAUCACGCCUUCUGCCCUCAGUGUGAAUUCGACAGCACUGACACUCCACAAUCAUCACGAAAGCAACAUGAAAUCAAACUGUAAGGGGAAAAAAACAAAAGUUGCUGCUUGGAUGGAAGGGAACAUUUCAAUCAAGGUUCUCUUUAGCCGUGUUCACAUUGGAAGUUUAAAAGUGACUCAAAUCCUAUUUAUUUGCAUAUCCGAUUUGAAUCUGUUCUUUUUCCUGCAGUCUGAGCAGCCAAAAAGCACAUGGAAUUGGAUAUUUCAAGCUACAUUUCAAACCACAUUCUGAUUCCUGGCCAUGUGAAUUGUGUCCGAACGGUCAAAUCGGAAUUAUUUGCCCUCAAGUGGUUUUUAGACUGUUAUUCAGCAUAUCUUAUUGCUUGCUAGCUACUCUGUUGACAGUUUGACAAAAACAUGUGGUAGCUAACUAACUUGUUAAUUGUUUACCAACAAAUUAGUGAAUGUACUAGAAAGCCAAACAGCUACCUAGCUAGCUAGUUGAAUGCUGUGGCUAGCCAAAAAGGA